GAAUACUUCCCAACAGCUAAGGUGUUUCAGUACUGCGGAUGAAUUAGGAGGAUUGUGUUGGCGUGCGAAUCGUGAGUUUUCAUUGCGCGGCACUGUCAAAUGUUCCGCUAACUAAAUUAGUUUGACAACGAUUAAUGAUUACUGACUUUAAACAAUUUUUCUUUCGUCAUAUUUUAACACAAUAGUGGGCAUUUCUACAGCAGUUUUAUUUCAGGUUAUCAAGAGAAAAUCCAGAAAUAGUGAAAAAAUACCAUUACUGACAUUGCUUCAGACACAUGGAAUCGUAAGCAAGACUGUGAUGGGAGAAUUCCAGCGCAGUCGCAGUAAGGUGUGGUGGUCAAACUACGCAGAAGUAGAUACUGAGGACGACCGAAACGUGGGUUGGGGAGGGGCAGGCCCCGUGCUUAGUCCUUCUCGUGGCUCCUCUAGCAGUCCCAGCAGUAGCCACAAAAGUCAGGACUCUGGCUUCUCCGACUCUGAGGCAUCAUCAACGACAGGCGGUGCUGGACAUUCUUUCAAGCCUUCGCCGGCUUCCAGUCAGGAACCGGACCGCAAUGCGUCCCCUGUUCAGGAUCCUCAGGAAGUGACCGGACGUAAUCAGGACUGUCAGUGUCCUCAAACUGGAAAAAUUGUCUCUGGAGAAACAAGUAGCGUCCGGCAUAAUUCCCCAGUCAGCAAACAGAAAGGGCAGUUGUUUUCACAGUGUUCAUGUCUUGGUCAAACAUCACAGAAUGACAUUGACGGAAGUACGACAGAAAACGCUGAAAGACAAAUAGACAUUAACCCAGAAUUGACCCACAGGAUUGUGCAGUGUCCUACGCAGUUACCAGUAACGAAACUGAGAGAAAAAUUUCUUCGGGAUUGCAUAUGUCUGAACCAAACACCUGAAAACGACUGUGUUCCAGAGUGUCCUGACAGGUCAGGCAGUGACAAACCUGCAUCGCCACUGCAAACAGAGAAACAAACGCGGCAGGAAAUCUCUCAGCAGUCGGGUGAGGAAUGUACGAGAGCAGAGACUGACGACGUUAUUGGAGAACAACAAGAGCACAGGGAGACGAUUAUCCCACAGGAGUGCGUGAAUUCUGAAGAACGUUCCUUACAAACUCGACCACAAAAUACUCUUAACCGCGCCGUUCCUGUGCCAGCUGUACGGAGAUCCCAACGCAGCCACAAAGAAUCUCUAAGUAAGUCUGUUCGGGAAAGUCCCAUCGCUUCACCGAGGAGUCUAAAAAACGAGUACAUAAGUCAUUCUCAGUGUAACACAAACAGUUUGUCGCUACAUAAGCCAUCGGAAGAAGGUUCAGACCAUCUCCACUCACCAUCCAAACAAAUUAACAAACCACUAGAUCUUUCAGUCCAACUUCUAUCUAGCCAAGGCCGUUCUCGUCAACAAGGAUCAUCACUGGAGGAUAUUUCGUCAAGCCCAUCGUCGGCCGAUCAACGUAACGUUUCUUCUCCAAGGCCUCCUUCUGAUCCUGAAGAAUCUCCAUCAGGAAAGCCUCUGUGUUCGGAAUUGCCGGAACAGCUUGGUUCUCCAGCUCACACAUCGACCCCUAAACUGCUCGUAACACCUAAUCGACCUCUUCGCUGUUCGGGCUCAGGCAAAAAGCACUGUCGUCCUGUGAACCUGCUCAACAAUUUCACCAGUGGCUCGAAGCCUGAUGGUGCCAGUUCUGAGAGGAAUCCUGUGCAGCGGUGGUUAGGAGAGCUAGCAACUCUGUGUGAGCCAGAGUGCAUGACUACGCUGCAGAGCAAGUCAUUAGCCGUGGACUUGAGCCAUCAGGUUGCUAUGAUGGCUGCUGCCACAACAGACACCGUCAAGAUGUUGCAGGAAGGCACCAAACUCAUCUCUACAGAGUUUGCAAAGUUAUGCCAGCAGUUGGAUUAUGGCAAGAUGGAGCAUGUUGGUCCUUUAGUGCAAAGUCUGGUAGGGCUUGUAACAGAAUUUAUACAUGAGCAUUGCAACAAGCAGGAAGAAACUAGAAAACGGUCACAAACGGAGCAAGAAACACUGACAGAGGUGUGUGACCGACUACGCAUCACAGCAGCCAGACACCCUCCCAAUAAGGAAGAGCUGACUUCUGAGAUUACAGAAUUAGGGAAUAAUUUCACAAACAUUGUGGACAACAUACUCACUCAUCACAUUUCUGUAUUAGUGGAAGUGCUGGAAGAACCUACUUCAGACAUGGCACUACGCUCAGCACUGUCUAGCCUGACUGCAUUUGGUCUCGAAGGUCCUCAUUUGAGUCGCCUGGUUGCUCACUGCAGCGGAGUCCGUGCUUUGCUGUCCAUCUGUCUUGAAUCACGUUCAAGUACCAUCCGAACAGCAGCCCUCCGUGCACUUGCAACAGUGUGUUGUGUAGCUGAGGCCAUCCGUCAGUUGGAACAGGCAGGUGGGGUAGAGAUUCUAUCUGAAAUGCUCUCUGAAGAAGCACGCCCUGAACCUGAGGUUUCAGAAGCAGCAGCUGUGCUUGCCCAAAUCACAGCACCGUGGGUGGAAGACAAUCAUACUGUGCAUGGCUUAUCUGAACAGCUGUCAUCUUUAGUCCACUCCCUCACACGUCUAGCCAGUACUACUGCAUCUUGUGAGACAUUGCUCCUUUCAGCAGCUGCACUUGCGAACCUAACAUUCAUGGAACCACGAACUGUAUGGCCAUUACUAGAACAAGGAACAGCUGGAAAGCUGCUUCAGGCUGUGAAGAGACAAGGACCAAAAGUGUCCGUAUUCCUGCAAGAGCAGGCUGCCACUCUUAUUGCCAACAUGGCUGCAGUACCUGAGAGUAGACCACACCUUGCUGAACAACGAGCCGUUGUGGCCCUGCUCUGCUUCCUACAAAUACGACAUUCCCCUCUCCAGAGAGCUCCAGAGAUAGCAGCGGCAGAAAGAGUGCAGCAGAAAUCUGCCAUUGCUCUCUCAAGGUUAUGCAGUGACCCAGUAGUGGCAGCACAGGUGGUAGAGCUACAGGGAGUCAAUCGACUAGUAAGGCUCUGCAAAGAGGAGAGGGAGAGAAACCACAGUGAUGGAGUCCUAGUGGCAUGUCUGGCUGCUCUCAGGAAAAUAUCGGCCAAUUGUGGCACCAAAGUGAUUGAGGAUCUUGAUGCUAUGGAACUGGUUGAACCACGCCUGCUGGAUUCAUUUCUCAUAUAUUCAUCUCGACAAGAAAGCUAUGUGUGAAUAACGUCAUGAAUGCCUCAUGGAACAUGUGCAUCACUGUCGGAUAAAAUUAUUAUUGUAUCACAAUGAAAACAUACCAGAUAAUUGGCUCUGUAUAUACAUAUAUAAAUUUCAUAAUUAUGUACAUACUUUUACAGUUAUAUGUGCAAAAAUAUAUAUAUUUUAAUACACGAUUA